AUGGCAUCAGGUUUUCAUUUUGCUCUGUGGCUCUGUGUGGCCAGCGGACUGCUGGCUGCAGCUUCUGUGACUUCCUGCCCUGACGGCUGGACUCGGUUCGGCUCUCGCUGUUUCAAGUUCCACAUCACUGCGAAGACCUGGAUGGACGCAGAGAAACUGUGCCAGUCUGCCAAUGGGAAUCUGGCUUCGAUUCACAGUGCUGAGGAAAACACCUUCCUUAACGACUUCAUUGAAGAUGUGUCUGGUACGAGCAGACGCACCUGGAUCGGAGCCACUGAUGCAGUGCAGGAGAAAACAUUGCAGUGGGCUGACGGAUCCCCAGUCCAGUUCACACGCUGGCAUACAGGUCAACCGGACAACUUCAAAGGAAAAGAGCACUGUGUCGAGAUGAACUGGCAUGGAAACUUCUGGAACGAUCUGUCUUGUAUCACUAAAUUAUCUUUCGUGUGCUCCAAAAAUCUGUGAGGCGUCUCGCCGUCCUGACAUCAUCUUGCUGCAGCGCAUCUAUAAUCUCUUUGGUUCAGCAAACACUCGAUUAUCUUAUAAGUUUUAAACACAGUCACCUCUGAGUUAUACAUUUAGAAUAACUGACUCACUCAGCUGGACAAAUAUAAAUCA